CCGGAGUCCUGCCAGUUCGUCCUCUGCGCUCCCUGAUCCUGAUGGAGACGCCAAACUAGCGCAUUUUAACCGGGAUUAUGGGCACAAAACACGUAUUAAUCGCAUGUCUAGCGCUAUUUUACGUUUCCGGUGUUUUUAGUGAAGAUAUUUUAAAUGGAUUUCUUUCAAAAUUGUCAAAAUAUUCAAUUGUACAACCGCGAAGAAUUCACAGAACAGCGAGGAGCAUCGACAGAGCAAAAAAUAAUAAUGAGCUAGAUGAAUCUAUUUCCUAUUUAAUCGAAAUAAACCACAAGAAACAUCGAUUACACCUGGAAAAAAACAAAGAUUUCCUGCACCCAAACUUGUUUUCUGAUGACAAGUUUAAAAAAGUACCAGUUCAUUGCUAUUACCAUGGAGACGUGGAGGGAUACACAGACUCUAUGGUGGCCGUCAGUACAUGCUACGGACUCAGGGGCAUCAUUGUGCUUGAAGAUGAGACGUACGGAUUAGAGCCGCUUCCUGGAUCCGACUCAAAUGAACACGUUUUGUAUCUUCUGAACGACGUAAACUCCGAAGCGACCACAUGUGGAGUUUCGGAAAACGACGAAAAAAAAUAUGCAGAAAAAUCGCAAAACGAAACUCAUUUUAAACCUGGACACACGCUGACGUCGCUGCUGCGGAAAAAGCGUAAUUUACCAGACACCAGUUAUGUGGAGUUGGCUUUGAUUGUGGACAACCAGAGGUACGUUUUCAAGAAGAAAAACGAGACGGCGAUUCGUGAGGAGAUGGUGGAAACAGCCAAUUUAGUCGAUGGGUACUACAAGCGUCUGAACAUCCGGGUGAUGCUGGUUCAUCUGGAGAUCUUCACAGAGUCAAACCCGUUCAGUGUGGACGGUUCAGCUGGAGACGUCCUGGGACAGUUCGUCAAGUGGAGGAAAGAAAACCUGAUGCCCCGAAUACGGAACGACGUGGGACAACUGGUCGUUGGUCGUCCUAACUCGUACGGCGGCGGUGUGAUGGGAAUGGCUUUUGUGGGGACGGUCUGCUCCUUGGCCACCUCCGGAGGCAUCAACGUGUUCACAGACACUGCCACUGUGUCGUACUUCUCCACCAUCGUCGCACACGAGAUCGGGCACAACCUGGGCAUGGGCCACGACAACUCCCGCUGCACCUGCGACGGAGGCUGCAUCAUGGGGGCAGGAGGUGGAGCAGUGUUCAGCACCUGCAGUGCAGAUGAUUAUGAGAAGCUGGUUCUCCGAGGAGGAGGAGAGUGUCUGAAGAACCUCCCGUCUCACACUGACGUCGUGGGCAUCGCCAAGUGUGGAAACGGGCUCCUGGAGGACGGAGAGCAGUGUGACUGUGGAACCCCCCAGGAGUGUAAAAACAAAUGUUGUGAUGCAGCCACCUGUAAGUUCACCAAAGGCUCUGCGUGUGCGGCCGGCAGGUGCUGUGAGGACUGUCAGCUCAAAGUGGCUGGGACUCGGUGCAGAGGCUCUGAGAACACCUGUGAUCUGCCUGAGUUCUGUUUGGGGGAUAGUGCGUUUUGUCCUGAUGAUUUUUACCUGAUGGACGGACUCGAGUGUCAGAACGGAGCGGCGUACUGCUACGAGGGACGCUGCCAAACCUACGACUACCAGUGCAGACAGCUCUUCAGCCCAGAUCCAGCCACAAAAGCUGCUGAUAUCUGCUUCAGUUCUUUAAACAUUCGAGGAAACGCGUACGGCAACUGUGGUCCCACUGCCUCCGGGGGCUUUAAGAAGUGCUCCACUGCAAAUGUGAUGUGUGGGAAGGUGCAGUGCAUGAACGUGGACGCCAACAACCCUCCACCAGGAGCCAGCAUCAGUAACCAGGUCAUAAACGGGACGAACUGUGUGAACGCCGACUUUAACCUGGGACCUGACGUACUGGACCCGGGAUACAGUAAUCCGGGCAGCCCCUGUGCUCCGGGCAAGACGUGUGUGGAUUUCACUUGUGUGAACGCUUCAGUUCUUCUGCCAAAACUCGACUGUGAUGCCAAAACCACCUGUAACGGGCGAGGGGUUUGUAACAAUUUGGGCCACUGUCACUGUAACGUGGGCUGGGCUCCUCCAGACUGUGCCUCUUCAGGUCGAGGAGGCAGCGUCGACAGCGGACCAGCCACUAUAGAUUACUCACUGAGAGAUGGACUCCUGAUCUUCUUCCUGUUGGUGGUCCCUGUUGUGGUUUUGGUGAUUUUAUUGUUUCUCUACAUAUUCAGACGAGACACGCUGGACCCCUGCCUCAAGAAAAGACACAAAUCUCGUAGCACCACAGACCGUGCCCCUGCUCCGGCUCAGAGGACUGCACCUGCCCCUGCCCCUGCCCCUGCGCCUGCCCACACGUACCCCCAGUCUCCAGCGCCCCCUGUGGAGAGGGCUGGAUACGCACCUUCAUACAACAAUGAGCCUGGUUUGAGAUAUGGAGAGUUGGAUUACUGGAACUCCCAAGACCCGGACAAGCCUCAGCCCGGGGUCCAAACGAGACCUCCUCCCCCCAGGCAGGGCCCCGGAGUCCCCCGGCCGAUCCCCCCAAGAGCCCCUAUGGACACAUGACUCUGGAACUGUAGGGAACAUUUUAAAGCUCUCAUAUUUGUCAUAUUUUUCCGUGACUUGACAAUCUUGCCUGUUGCUACUGUUUGACUCCCCACUGUGACCAGGAGAGGGCGCUAGCUUCACAAGCCUAACUGUGAAAGGGGGAAAAAAACAUCAGCACUAACUCAAUGAGGCCAUUUGUACAUAAAGCUCAGGUAAAUAUAUAAAAGAAAAGAUGUAAUAAAACAUAAUGUGGGAGCUUGAAAUCUAAAAAACGUUCACAUGAAGACAGAAUUUGUACUUUUAAAUGAAUGUAAAAUAUGACACACUGGAAAUAAUAUGUUACAAGAGAAAAUAUUAUGUAUUUUAAAUUAAUUUGUGUAACUUUUUUGGAACUGUUUUGAAUGAAUUGUAAAUUAAAGUGAGUUUCUAACAUAAAAACGCUGUGUUUCUAGAA